AUGCAAUACGGUAAAAGGCUUGCAGAUGAUUUAUCAAGAUCGAAGAUAGAAAUAAUGGAAGAUUACUAAAGAGUAGCCGAGUCAGUGGAGUCAUUGGAUAGCUUCUUGCCUUAAUUCCAUUGCGAAAAUAGAGAGUAAUUGGAAGUAGAGAGGAGAGUGGUUGCAUAUCUCAGAUCUUUGGGAAUAUAGUUCAAGACUGACCCUGCAAAAAAAGAAUAAGAUUAUUAUGAAAAGCCGAAAAAGAGUGCCAUUAUAUUUUAAUAAACUAUCGGCGAAUCUCCCUAGAUAGGUCCGAUGACAGUAUUAAAAUUUGGAGGUGAUUAAAGUACUACUCAGAACGAUUACGGAACUUGGUUAAAUCCAUUCAAGGCAAGAAAGUAAUAGUCAUUUGAAUUAUGA